GAGGUCACGGAAUUUACCAGAAUCCGUGGGAGAAUAGCACAGAACAAUAAUGUCCAAGCUUCCUGUUAUCAAGCUACCCGACGAAAUCGAUUAUGACAAACAACAAGGUCUGUUUUCCGACCAUUGCCUGUUACUCUGCAGUGAGACUUACAAUGUUUGAGUAGUUGCCUUUGAGGCUUUCCUUACAGGAUUCAAAUCAACACUUUCAACCGAGGAGGCUGCCCGUGACGCGUUAUCGAAUUUGAACAUGGAGGACGAGGAUGAGGACCUCACAGAUACACCCCGCCGUCGUGCAACACGCUCUGGUGGAAGGAGCCGCGCAAGAAGACCAAGAGUUGCGGUUCAGGAGCCCAAGCUAAAGUAUAUGCUACAGCUCCAGGAGAUUGCAAACAGAACACGGGACUCUAUCACUAUUGAACUAGACGAUCUGAUGAGUGUAAGUUUCCCUGGUACCAGACACAAAAAGGCUGGGCUGAUAUUGCGAGUGAUAGUUUGAGGAUUCAGGUCUUGUUGAAGACGCUGUGGGAUUAGUCAGGGCGGUGGGUAAGAAUGCUGCACAUUACAUUGAGAUCUUUUCAAGGGCCAUCGAUAAAGUCAUCCCCCCAGAGACUGUAGACACUACGUAUGUUACCAUCCCUACUUAUACAUUAGAUGCUAACAGUGUUUUAGCUACAAUGACGAUGUUCUUGAUGUUAUCCUGACACAACGUCGCAACCGCAAUGUUACUGCUGAGAGUGAUUCAGCCGACCCUCUUUCGCUCGACGCUCCCCCUCAGCUUUUCCCCGCGAUGCUUACCCGUCGCUACCAGGUGUACUUCAAGCCGUUGACACCGUCAGGUGACUCUGGCAAAAAAGCGCUCGCGGUGCGUAAUGUUCGUGGGAGCCAUCUAGGCCACUUGAUCACCGUUCGUGGUAUUGCAACCCGUGUGUCGGACGUCAAGCCCACCGUGCUCGUCAACGCAUACACCUGCGACAGGUGUGGUUGCGAGAUUUUCCAAGAGGUCAAGACCAAGAGUUUUGCUCCGUUGGUCGAUUGCCCUUCACAAGAGUGCAAGAACAAUGAUGCGAGAGGUCAACUUUUCAUGUCGACUCGUGCGUCCAAGUUCUUGCCAUUCCAGGAAAUCAAGAUUCAGGAAAUGGCAGAUCAAGUACCUGUCGGACACAUUCCCCGAACCCUCACAGUACAUGCCCAUGGCUCUCAAACAAGAUGUGUUAACCCCGGAGACGUUGUUGAUAUCGCGGGAAUAUUCCUACCAACACCAUACACUGGCUUUAAAGCGAUCAAGGCAGGUCUAUUAACGGAUACCUACCUUGAAGCCAUGCACCUUGAGCAACACAAGAAACAAUACGACGACAUAGUAAUUGAUACCCGAACUAUCCAACGUAUCGAAGAGCUCCGAGCGCAGGGCAAUCUUUACGAUACCCUCGCCAAGUCCAUCGCCCCUGAGAUCUUCGGCCAUGAGGAUGUGAAGAAAUGCCUCCUCCUCCUCCUCAUUGGUGGUGUAACCAAAGAAAUGGGUGAUGGAAUGAGAAUCCGUGGCGAUAUCAACGCCUGCUUGAUGGGAGAUCCCGGAGUAGCCAAAUCCCAGCUCCUAAAAUACAUCACCAAAGUCGCCCCCCGUGGAAUCUACACCACAGGUCGCGGGUCCUCCGGUGUCGGUCUCACAGCCGCCGUCAUGCGUGAUCCAGUCACGGACGAGAUGGUCCUCGAGGGCGGAGCCCUAGUACUAGCAGACAACGGUAUCUGCUGCAUCGACGAGUUUGACAAGAUGGAUGACUCGGAUCGUACAGCAAUUCACGAAGUCAUGGAGCAGCAAACCAUAUCAAUUUCCAAAGCCGGUAUCACCACAUCCUUAAACGCACGUACUUCCAUCCUCGCGGCAGCGAAUCCUCUCUACGGCCGUUACAACCCCAAGAUCUCCCCCGUGGAAAACAUUAAUCUCCCCGCCGCCCUCCUUUCCCGCUUCGACAUUCUUUUCCUAAUCUUGGAUACCCCCACCCGCGAAGGUGACGAAGAACUCGGCCGUCACGUCACUUUCGUGCACAUGGAGAACCGCCACCCAGAAAUGGACUUCGAACCCUUGACCCCCCAAGAAAUGCGCAUCUACAUUGCCCAGGCCAGGACCAAACGCCCCGUCAUCCCUAAGGAAGUAGCAGACUACAUGGUCGGCGCGUACGUUAACAUGCGCAAAGCCGCAAAGAAGGCGGAAAAGGACAACAAGUCCUUCACCCACGCGUCGCCCCGUACCCUCCUCGGCAUCAUCCGCCUCUCCCAGGCACUCGCCCGUUUGCGCUUCGCCGACACAGUCGUGAUAGAGGACGCCGACGAGGCGCUCAGACUCAUCGAAGUGUCCAAAGCCUCACUGCAAGAGAAGAGCGACUGGGAUGAGGACAAUACCGUUUCCUCGAAGAUCUACAACAUCAUCCGAACACUGGCCUUUGGUUCUGGCGACGGAAGCGGCGAGUUAAAUAUGCGGAAUGUCCGAGAGAGGGUUCUCGCGAAGGGUUUCACGGACGAUCAGUUGGCCGACGUUAUCGAUGAGUAUUCUGCGUUGGAUGUUUGGCAGGUGGCUGGGGAGGGUACUAGACUCGUGUUUGUCGGAGCGGAAGUUGAUGAUGCCGAGGAGAUGGAUGUCGACAUGAGUUAGUCAUUGGUUUUUGUCCCUUUUAUAUAUAUACCCCCGUUAUUUUCACCAC